UCCAGCUACUUAAGUAGUGCCUAGACUCACCUUUCUAUAUUUUUUCUCUUCUUCAGCUGUUGGGUUACCAAGAAGGAGAUCAACAGUUUCUUCAAUUUGGGCUAUUUAAGCCUGGUGCUCUUCUUCAACACCAUCAUGCUGGGCACCAUGGUGUAUGAGAUUCUCAGGCUGAGACACCGAGAGCAUCAAUGGGGAUAUGCAGUGAUGCUCCUGGGCCUGAGCUGCGUCCUGGGCAUCCCUUGGGGGCUGAUCUUCAUUGCGUUUGCUUCCGGGACCUUUGAGUUGGUGGCCCUCUAUCUUUUCACCAUCAUCAACUCUCUCCAAGGCUUCUUCAUCUUCCUUUGGUACUUGGCCAAAGUGCUGCAGUCUCGCAGGUCGAAAUCCCUGCAGUGCACGACUUCCAACAGCUUGAAGCUCCAGUCCAGCAAUUCCAGCACUUGACCUUGUCUUGGCCAGGAGGACUUUGGAAGUGAAAUGUUCAUGGGAGGAUCUUCCUGGAAACUGAGCCAAACAAUUCUUUGGUGGACUAGGGUGACUUCAUACUUCUCAGUAGCUUUGAGACGACACCGAUCUGUUUUCCUUAAAUAGAGGAAAUCUUGACUUACAAUAGUUGGUUUAGUGCCUUUCAAACGUACAACUAAAAAAAGUUACUUAUGACCGUUUUUUCCACACUUAUAACCAAUGUGACAUCCUCAUGGACAUGUGAUCAAAUUUCAGACACGUGGUGUCAGGCUUAAUGUCCGGUGUGCCACCUUCAGUAGCCAAGAAAGAAAACUCCCAACUCCAUUGUUCGUGGAAUUAAAAAG